UAAAUCCGCGGAGCUGAGCCGGCUGGCUUCGGUUCCCUCAGUCGGAGCUGCUGCCAUGGCGAGCGGGGUGGCCGUCUGCGUUCUUUUGGUGCUGGCUCUCUCCGGGGGCAGCGGCGCUGCAGAAACCGAAGAAGUGGCCGUUGGCGAACUGGAUGGGGAAGUGUCCCUACGAUGCUGGAAUGCCUCUUCUCAAGUCUUGGUGGUCCAGUGGUUUCAAGGCCAGCCGGGUAAAGUUCCCAUGCUCUUCUCCUCGGAUGGAAAGUUGCCUUCAGACAGUCGCUUUUCCCUGGUGGAAAACAGCUCCCUGCAUAUUUCGGGGCUGCGUUGGGAAGAUGAAGGUCAUUACGUGUGCAGGGAGAUCCUCGCUGAGUCCAACCAUACCCACAGGAUCCAGUUACGGAUGGCCAGUGGACCAGACCGGAUGGAGGUCAGCAUAUCACCCACCGGGACAUUGCCAAAUGGCACGCUUUACGCCCGAAGAUACGACAUCUUGAACUUCACCUGCAGCAGUGACUCCAGGCCUGAUUCGGCCACUAAGUGGGAUUUUAACCCCCUUGGCUCUGCGCAGGAACCCUUCACCAAGGUUAACAGCUCGCAGAGUUAUUUCGUGCUAGAGAACAUUGCGCCCAACUACCAAGGGAAUUACUCGUGCCUGGCCACCAACUUGUUGAGCCAACGUCAGAAGUCCGUCGUCCGCGAACUCCUGGUCUACUAUCCCCCACCAUUGUCACCGAAAUGCUGGGCCAAGACUUCCAUGGAAAAUUCUCAGGAGGUUCAACUGUCCUGCAGUUGGCCCGGGGGCUACCCACUCCCUACGCUCCAGUGGAUCAACCCAGAGGAUCUAGUCAUGGAUUCCAACACUACCCAUCCAGCCAACGCUACUGUGGUGUCUCUGCAAGGAUCCCGCCAGCUUUGGGGCAAGGAUUUUAUCUGUCGUGGGAACCAUAUUGCCAAUGAGAUGGACAACCGGAACUGCAGCUUGCGCUUGGAGAGGCCCAUGGUCAUGUCCAACCCAAUGAAGAGCUGCUUUGUGGGGAGAUCCGUAGAGAUGACUUGUGAACUGACCGCUGGCAACCCACUUGCGAGGAUCACCUGGCUGCGCAACCUCUCCAAGGCGGAGGUAGAGAUCCGGUCGGGUGGGAGGUUUCUCGUCAGCCAAAAGGACAAGGUCUCCACCCUUGUCAUCCAGAACUGCUCCACCAGCAGAGACCAAGGGUACUACAUCUGCAAGGCAAAGAACCCCCUAGGCCUGCGGGAAGUGUUCGUCCACCUGAAGGUGACAGAGCCUGUGAACAUUGCUGGAAUUGUGGGAUCUGUUGUAGUCCUUUUAUUGUUGGGAGUUUUGGUCUUUUCUGGAAUCCUUCUCUACGCAGGACCUCAGGUGUGCCUCAAAGUGAACGUGCUUCGGAAUCAAGACGAAGGGGACAUCCUUGAACUUAUAGACUCAGACGAAGAAGACCUGUAUUUGGAGUCCACCAGCGAACCAACGUUACAUCAGACGGAAGGGAUAGGGAACGGAUGUUCUACCAGAUCAACUGAAAGCUCAUUUCCAGGAACGUCCAUCUCCCUGGAGGAAAUCCAGAGGUCCCAACCCACGUCGUAGAGCGGAUCAUCUCUUCCUUUAUGCUU